AUGCAGCUUGCACCCAUACAGUUGCUAGGGCCGUGUCUGUGGUUGCUAUGCAUCUCGGGGGCAUGGUCAGCGACCUUCAAGCUGGCUCUGAUUGGUCCAUGGUCAUGCGACCCCAUGUUCUCCCGAGCCAUGCCCACGGCAGCGGCCAAUCUGGCGUUGUCACGGUUGCGGAGUGACAGCGGCCUGAGCAGAGGAUACUGGUACGACGUGAAACUAUUGGACGAGGACUGCUCCGCCUCCAAAGCUCUGACUGAGCUUGGGGACAUGGAGGGUUAUGGCCACGCCUACAUCGGACCCUUUAACCCCGCCCUCUGUCAUGCUGCCUCCUUAUUGGCUCAGCACUGGGAGGCGGGGCUUGCCUCUCCUGGCUGUCUGGAUGCUGAUUGGCCCAACCUGCCGCCCAUCACUCCACCCAGCAGAGUCCUGUUCACCGUCCUGAGAUUCUUCCGCUGGGCGCACGUCGGCGUCAUCUCAGCUCCGUCAGACCUGUGGGAGAGCACUGGACAGGAAGUGGCGUCAGCACUGCGAGCUUUCGGGCUGCCGGUUGGUCCGGUGGUCACCAUGAACACAAAGAACAGAGGCGGAGCUCAGGAGGCGCUCAGAGCGGUUCGGGAGGCGGACAGGGUCAAAGUGGUGAUAAUGUGCAUGAGCUCCGUCCUGAUUGGUGGAGAGGACCAGAGAGAGCUCCUCUUGGCUGCUCUGGACAUGGGCAUGGUUUCUGACGGCUACGUCUUUAUCCCGUACGAUGCUCUGCUGUAUGCCAUGCCAUACCAGGAUGCAGCAUUCCCUCAGCUGACCAAUAGCACACAGCUGCGUCACGCCUACAGCGCGGUACUGACUGUCACCAUGGCGUCUGACCAGAGUUUCUACGAAGCAUUUCGCCAGGCGCAAAUAAACCGCGAGAUCCGUUCGGCUGUGGCUGCUACUGAGGUGUCACCGGUCUUCGGGACGAUCUUUAACAUGGUGUACUUCGUUGCUAAGGCGGUGGAGGAGCGUCGCCAGGCAGGGGGCGGGCACUGGGUGACAGGCGAGCAGCUCGUCCAAUCAGACGGAGGCUUUGAUUUCCAGGGUUUUAAUCAGGUGUUGUAUGGAGGCAGAGAGGGGCGUGGCCUGCAGGCCAGGUACGUGGUGUUAGACAGCGAUGGCGACCGGCUCGUGCCGACACACUCGCUCGCUCCGACGCACACCGACGGGGUUCUCGGAGGUCUCAGACCAAUGAGUCACUCCUUCAUCUUCCCCGGUGGAAAACCCCCCACGGCCAGCUUCUGUUGGUUCAGUCCAGAUGACGCCUGCAGCGAGGGUUUGGACACAGUGACCAUGUUCUUCGUCUUCAUGCUGCUCUGUUCUGCGAUUGGAGCUUUUAUCUACUGGAUCAGGAAAUACAGGAGGACAGCGAACAUGUCCAAACUUGUCCUGACUCUGGACGACAUUGUGUUCAUCGACACUCAAGUCAGCAGAAAGAAACUGAACGACGAGUCGAUCAUGAGAAGUCUUCUGGAAAUCAAAACUCCGUUCCGCUCGGUUGCUCGAAGUUAUAUCCUGACGACACCUGAAAGCUCGAACAUCGGAAUACUGGAGGGUGACUGGGUUUGGCUGAAGAAGAUUCCUGUUGAAAAGACAAUAACAGCUGUCAAUCAAAGCACGCAGAGUCUGUUCAGCCAGCUGAGGGAGAUGCGACAUGAGAACAUGAAUCUGUACGUUGGUUUGUUUGUGGACUCGGGGAUCUUCGCUCUUGUGGUCGAACACUGUCCUCGGGGAAGCCUGGCCGACCUGCUGGCUGAUAGCGACAUGAGACUCGACUGGAUGUUCAAGUCCUCCCUGCUCAUGGACCUCAUCAAGGGGAUGAAGUACCUCCAUCUGCGAUGUCUGAGUCAUGGUCGUCUCAAGUCCACAAACUGUUUAGUGGACGGACGCUUCGUUCUGAAAAUCACAGACUACGGACUUCCCAUGAUCCUUCACUCUCAGGGCAUCAGCCUUCCUGAGGACCCACAAGAGCUGCUGUGGACAGCUCCAGAACUCUUGAGGAAUCCGGUCCGUGGAGGUUCAUUUGCUGGAGACGUUUUCAGUUUCUCCAUCAUCAUACAGGAAGUGAUCUCACGGACUCUGCCAUAUGCCAUGAUGGACAUGCCCGCCCACGAGAUCAUGGAGCGUCUGAAGCACCCCCCCCCUCUGUGCAGACCUCUGGUUUCUGUGGAUGAAGCUCCUGCUGAGUGUCUUGGUCUGAUGAAUGAAUGUUGGAAUGAAGAGCCCAGUAAGAGGCCGAGCUUCGACGACAUUUUCAAACAGUUUCGGGGCAUUAACAAAGGGAAGAGAGCCAACAUCAUUGACUCGAUGCUGCGCAUGUUGGAGCAGUACAGUUCCAACCUGGAGGACCUGAUCAGAGAACGAACGGACGAACUGGAGGUGGAGAGAAAUAAGACAGAGAAGCUGGUCGGACAGCUGCUGCCAAAGUCCGUGGCUCAGGCUCUGAAGAAAGGGAAGCCAGUCCAACCGGAGCAUUAUUCAGACUGCACUCUUUACUUCAGUGACAUCGUUGGAUUUACAACCAUCUCAGCUCUCAGUGAGCCCAUCGAGGUGGUGGACCUGCUGAAUGACCUCUACACCAUGUUCGAUGCCAUAAUCGCUACUCAUGACGUCUACAAGGUGGAAACUAUCGGAGAUGCCUACAUGGUGGCUUCAGGUGUUCCCAACAGAAACGGGAAUCGACACGCAGGUGAAGUGGCCAACAUGUCUCUGGACAUCCUACACUCGAUAGCAGCAUUUAAGAUCAAGCACAUGCCUGAGAUCAAAGUGAAAAUACGCAUCGGACUGCACACAGGUGCGGUGGUCGCGGGUGUGGUGGGUCUUACGAUGCCCAGGUAUUGUCUCUUUGGAGACACAGUGACCACGGCCUCCCUCAUGGAAUCCUCUGGGUUGCCCUACAGGAUACACAUCAGUCUGAGUACAGUGAAGGUGCUGACCAGUCUGAAACAAGGAUACCACAUCGACACCAGGAAGGCUCAGGUGAAAGGAACAGUGGACACCUAUUGGCUUAUGGGUCGAGAAGGUUUCGAUAAACCACUUCCUAUUCCUCCAGACCUCCUGGGAGGGGCCAGUAAUCAUGGUAUCAGUCUUGAUGAGAUUCCACCUGAAAGAAGACAAAAGUUUCUCGACCGACAGAAGAAGACAAAGAAAUGAUCAGCACACACAGCACACACACACACACACACACACACACACACACACAUAUGAGGGGUAUUUUAUGCCAGCGAACUAUACUAAAACGUGUGUACAGCGCCUAUGCGAUUAUAAACAAUACCAUAUGAAGCUAACACGAUAACACGUGUGUUGUAGGGGUCACAGCUAUUCCACAAAUUUCUUUUGGAUUUAUUGACUGAAUGCAUUAUGAAUUGUGUGAGCAACUUCUUCAUUCAAUGCUUCAAAAUGGAGGUCUUUCUUUGUCCCCCUCCAAACAAAGACAACAGGAAAUACAACUCCCAGGUAGAGACAAAAGUCUCCUGCAGCCAUUUCUUCUCUCUCUUCUCCUUGACCCCUCAGAGGGUCAGCACAGCUGCUGUCCUGGUCUGCACUCCAGAAGGUAGUCCAGACAAUCCCCCUCCCUCUCCAGCUCUAAGGGAAGGCCGGCAAGGCCCCAAACCAAGCUUGGGCCCACCACCUAAGUUUCCUGCCUGUGAUCUGAUCUGGAUAUAAUCACAGAGACUUUCACCAAGCUUUUGGAGCCAAUAACAGCAAAUAACUCUGGAAACACCAAAACCCAACCAGGAAGUGAUUCUCCUUCAAAAGGAUUUCUGCUUCCCCCUUUCAACUCUGGACUCUGUGGUAUAGUACUGGGCAGUUAGUACAAGCAAGAACAAGUUUUUUAAACUUAAAUCAAUGGUGUUGAUUUGUUGUGUGUUUAAGUAUAUUUGUUGUGAUAUUUUGUGUAGCUAGAUCAUUUGAAGUUGUAUGAUUAAUCUUGCUCUACAUACCUUAAAUUGUACAUGUAAAAUAACUAUAACUCAAUUGUUUUGCUGACACACUAAUCCACAUAAAAUAUACUUUUAAUCUGGCUUCCUACAAACAAAUGGACUUUCAAGGCCACAUGGUCUAUUGUUCACCAAGAACAAAAGGGCUUCCGCCAUUUUGAUUUUCUUAAAUGACCGCGCUUGCUCGGCCAUUUUGUUACGCAUUAUCUUCACCCACAUUUCCACUGUAAAUAGUCUUUUAGAUUAGUUAUUGUGUGUUCUGCUUGCUUUGCUUUGUUUAGAAUAAAUAUAUUUUUGGACUAAUAUUCUUCUCAUACACACAUAAACACAUACGCACACACACAUGCACACACGAACACAAACACAUACGCACACACACACACACACACACACACACACACACACACAAACACACACACGCAUGCACGUAAAGUAAGAAUAUAUGUCUCAUGUAUUUAAACAGUAAUAUAUUUCUCAUGUAUCAAUGUAGUUUAUUAUUAUUAAUAUCUUUAUGAUAAUUAUCAGUGGCAAGUAAUGAAUGAAUGUAAUAAUGCUUCAUAACUGUAAAUAUCCCACUUGUUCUUCGUGUUUGUCAUUAUAGUUUGUUUCCUUUAUUAAAGUCACAAAAUGUUAUGAAUCUGUUCAGU